AUGAGAUGGCUUUGCCCGAGGACAGUGAUGUGCUUGCUGCCACUGGUUGUCGACGCCGUCCGAACGGCCUCAACGCCUGCCGAUGUGUUCAGGCAGGUCUUUUUCCGUGACCCCAUCAGCCAGGCCGAGGCUUCGAGCAGCAGCCAGCCAUUUGUGGAGCCCUUGCCGCCGUUGCGCACAGGAGCCCUUCUCCUUCGUGGCCCUGGGCCUUCUCGCAAGUCGAGCCGGCACAGCUCACAGCUAGUGGAUGUUGUGCUGCCUUGUGAGGAGGGCGGUCAAUGGUCGAGGACUCGUUUUGAAGUGCCGUGGAUCCUGCAGGUGAUGUUGGGAUUCACGGAUUUGCGGCUGGCUUGCUUGGAAGAGCUACAUCGCGACAGAUCGCGCUUGUCGCAGGUCGCAACAUACGUUCAUAAUGGCAGCCUGAUGAUUCUGACCAACAGCAAAUACCAGAUGGGCUUAGAUGUGGCAGCCAAUACAGAGUUGAGUAACUUGACCCUCAUUCACAUUGGUGACCUCUCGCCACAGCCGAUGUGGGCGCAAGAAUAUCAUCGCUGGGGUUUUGUGUUUCGCAAUUAUUGGAUGGAUGAUGCGAAUCAAAGCUUUGGGAAGCUGAUUAGGGAGGAACGCCUCGCCUACUUCCCGCUGGGUGCACCACCGACGAACACAGUGGGUGGCAAAGAUGCGGCAGCAACGGCGUCGAAGAGGCCGCUGAAGAUCUUCACUCAAAGCACUCGAAACCGUAGUGGCGAGUUGCACGCAGCGCAAGUGGUUCUGGGCAAGGACCUAGUGGUUGGCGCUUCGCAGCUUCAAUCCUCCGGUUCCCUCGCCCGGAGCGCCUUGUGCCUACAGAUCCCGGAAGAUGCAGUCGAGAGCCUCUACCUCUACGAAUCGCUGGAGGCAGGGUGCAUCCCAGUGCUCGUGCUUGCCUGGAGUCAAGCUGGCGAUCCAUUUCAACAGCUUCAGGAUGGCGAAGCCUUGCCCUUCCUCUUCGUACAAUCCCCUGGUGACCUGCCACAGGUCCUCCGACUCUCGGAUGUGGAGUUGGACUCGGUGCAAGCGCAAUGCCAGGCCUGGUGGAUGGCAACGAAGCAGCGGUACCGCGCGAAGUUCCAAGAGGUGUUGCGGCCCAGGCCUGGACUUGUGAGGCCGUCGCUCCCGAAGCAUCCGUUCUUCAGCGGUUUGGUUGUCUACCUCAUGCUGGCCAUGGCUGCCAUCGGCUUUGGUGGGUGCAAACUCAAAGAGGACUCUCACUACCAGUCAGAGCCCGCUUUGGCUGUCGAGGGGUUGAAGCUCGCGUGCGUGGGCUUCACCAUUGUGAGCCACUUCUUUCUCGGCCCAUCCAUGGACCGCACCUCCUGUGCCAUUUGGAAGCUCGUGGCCAUCAGUGGAGCCCUUAUGCAGCGCUGGCCAGUCCAGCCACUCAAGAGGUACUUUGCCAAUGGCUCCCAGUGCUUCCUUCUCUACCAGCUGUCGCUGGUGGGGUCCGUCCUCAUCUCUUGCAAGUGGGAGAUCCUCCCGUUUUGGGGUCUGCAGACCUGGCAGGUACCCUGGCAAGCAGAGUGCCAACAACCAGUUCUUGACCUUGAGAACUGUGUGGCCUAUCGCAUGAACGCCCCACUGUGGCCGUUGCCUGGGCUCUUCUUCUGCUGGGCUUUGUAUCCAGCCAUCUCUGCCUUGUUGGAUCACCUCCAUGCGCUGGCAGCACGAAGGAGCUCACCAUGCACAAUGUCCAACAUUCUCCUCGGAUGUAGCGCUGGAUUCUAUUGGCUGUCGAUGAGCAUUUUGGACUUGCCCUUUUCGGCCUUCCCGCCCAUGUUUCUGGCGCCCUUCCUCUUUGGCGUUUUUGGGGCUGAGUGGCUCAGCACUCUUGGCAUAGUGGCCCGAUGUGACCGGGCACAGACUUGGGCCCAGUGCGCUUUGCCGGUCUCAAUGUUGAUGCACCAGGUGAUCCCAGGCCUCCCAGAUGCUUGGAACUUCCCGCUGCUCUUGCCGCUUGUGGCUCCCAUGGCAAAGCCGAAGAUGCAUGGUAAAGGCUGCCAGGACACGAUGAGGGUCUGGCUGGUGCGCUUCGGUCGCGGGAGCCUGGCUUGCUACCUGCUCCAGCUACCGGCGGCACAACUCUUGUUGUUUGCCUGGCAAUACUUGGACUGGCUUGGCAUCAUGGAUCCAGCAGCGAAGGCGCCGGGCUCCUUCGGAGUGUUUCCUCAGAUGAACUUGGGAUGA